CUAGCACACCAGACGCCGCCGCGAGCCCCCAGCAUCCCAGCCCAGAUGUUCCUCGCCGACAAGUACAGCUCGCUGCUGCCCUUCCACCACCACCAUUCCAAGCCCAGCCGACGCCAGCAGCAGAAGGGGGAGGCGCACCGGUUCGGCACGGCGCUGGCCGCGCGCCUCCGGGGCCUGCUGCCGCUGCCGGCCUCCCCGCUCGCGGCGCUCGUGCGGGUGGCCGACCUCCUCGCGCUCACGCUCGCCGAGGCGGGGCCCGCGCUCGCCUGCUCCGGCGAGGGCGCCGCCGUCGCCGCCCACCUCGACGCCGGCGUCGCGCUCCUCGACGCCUGCAACGCCAUCGCCGCGCGGCUCGACGGCCUCCGCAGGCGCCGUCUCCUCGCCAGCCUCGCGCUCCACCUCCUCCUCUCCUCCACCUCGCCGUCCGGGCGGACGCGCGCGCGCGCGGCGCUCGCGGACCGCGACCCCCCGGCCCCUCCGCCGCUCCCUUGGCUCCCGUUCGAGCAGCCCCGCGGGCAGCUCACGGCCGCCGCGCGCGUCCUCGCCGCCGUGGACGCCGUCUCCUCGCUCGCGGCGGCGGCCGCGGCUACCGUCCUCGCCGGAGGACCUGCCACCUUCCCCUGGGUCUCCGGCAGCGGCGGCGACCUCCCCUGGGCGGAGCCGUUCAACGCGCUGUCCGGCCAGCUCGCGGCGCUCGGCGCCGGCGAGGUGCGCGCCGUCGACGAGGCCGUCCGGAGGCUCGCGUCGGCGCUGGACUCCGGGACCGACAACGAGGGGGCCGUGCGCGCCGCGGCGCAGGAGGUUGGGAGGCGCACCGAGGAGCUCGCGCCGCGGCUGGACCGCCUGUCUGACGCCGUCGGCGGCGUGUUCCGCGCCGCGCUGGGCCUCCGCAACGCCGAGCUUGGAUGCUUAAUGGUGGGACCCGCGGGGAAGCCCGUGUAGGAAUAGUACUUCGUACUAGCUGUUAUACUGGGAUACUGCGUGAAGUUGAUUUGGGAUCAUGUGUGCGUCAGUGUCGAGGACGAGGAGGCCACUAGUUGCAAUUUGCAUGAUUUUGGAUACGUGGCAUCCACUGCUGUAUCCCCCAUUCGUCAACUGGGACUGGGAGAAACCAUCUUCAGGUUGCUGUA